AUGUCGUCCUCGAUUGUUGGCAGCCGUGAAUUGCCGUCGUCCCAGUACGAUCUUUCAACAUACUGGGGCAGAGUGAGGCACUCUGCUGAUAUCGCGGAUCCUCGGUGCGCGACACUUGGCUUCUGUAGUGGGAAAUAGUGCUAACAUACCACCCUGUCAGCACUCUUUUAACCUCCCGAAAGGCCCUCGGUGCUCACACGGCCCUCCUGGGGAAAUACAAGCGCGGUGAGAUCCCCCCACGGAUGACCCCCGAACUCUGGCACGCAAAGAAGGUGGUGGACGCAACCUUACACCCGGACACCGGAAAGCCCGUCUUCUUCCCCUUCCGCAUGUCCUGCUUCGUCUUCUCGAACCUGGUCGUCACGGCUGGCAUGCUCACGCCGAACCUGACCACCCGCGGGGUCCUUGGCUGGCAGAUCGCCAACCAGACCCUCAAUGUUCUCAUCAACACCUCCAACGCGAACAAGUCGUCACCGCUGAGCAGCGGCCAGCUCGCGGCCAGCUUCCUCCUCGCCGUGAGCGCUUCCUGCGGCGUCGCUGUGGGGCUGGGAAAGGUGGUGCAGAAGGUGAGCCUUAAGCCCAAAGCCAAGAUGAUCCUCGGUAGACUCGUCCCUUUCGCGGCCGUCGCGACGGCAGGCGUGAUGAACGUGUGCUUGAUGCGUGGCGGCGAGAUUGAGAAGGGAAUCGACGUCUACCCCGUCAGCGACGACGGUGGGAAGAAGGAAAGUUUGGGAAAGAGCCGAAAAGCCGCAAUAUUCGCGGUUGGCGAGACGGCUAUUAGCAGAGUUCUCAAUGCUACGCCUAUCAUGGUCAUCCCCCCAUUGUUACUGGUCAGGCUGACGGCUAUGGGGUGGCUGGGGAGUAGGCCAAAGUUCGUUAUGCCUAUCAAUUGUGGUAUGUUAUCACCCCACUCCAAAGGUAGCGGUAGCAGUGGUUGGGUUUAGCUCACGGGCACCAAACCAGGGCUCAUAUUUGCUACCUCCAUCUUUGCCUUGCCUUUGGCGCUAGGAGCCUUCCCGCAGCGACAGGCUAUAAAGGCGGAACUGUUAGAACCUCACUUUUGGGGAAAAGGCGGUAAGGAGGGUUUGGUAGAGUUUAACAGGGGGAUGUAAAA